GCUGGGGGCACAGACGGAUUUGUGCCGGGAGCAUGUCUUUUCACUCGUUCUGGUAACGUUCCAAAGUAGCUGUUGAUUAUCAUACAGACAUAAACGGGGAUAAGUUCAAAGAAUGGAACUGGGCAGUUACUUCCGAAUCUCAAACGCCGCACCGUGAUUGUUAUGGAUAACGCACCUUACCAUAGCGUACAGAUUGAGAAGAACCCCUCUUCAAGUUGGAAGAAAGACGAGCUGACCUUAUGGUUGAAAAACGAGGGUAUCAAAGUGGAUCCCUCACUGACGAGGAAGGAAUUGCUCGCUCUGUGUGGCCUGAUUAAGAAACCCAUCAAAUAUGAAUUAGACGAAUUCAUAAAGACAACAACUCAUCAUCGUAUACUACGACUACCCCCAUCCAUUUUUUUUAUAAUGCCAUUGAGUUGGUUUGGGGCCUGGGGAAACGUAAUUUUGAUAAAAGACUUGGCUAUCACCAUGAUUACUCUCACCAAAUGAUUGAACAAAUGUGGGCACAAGCUCUUGAGUCUGUAACUCCAGAGAUUUGGAGGAAAUGCUGUGAAAAAACUGAGAGACGGAUGCUCCAAAAUUAUGCCAAUGAGGUAACUGGUGAGGAGGAUGCAAAUCAGUUCUCCAAGCAUCGACAAGAUAAUGUAAACCUCCACGCAACAACACCUACGUUAGAAUGUGAGGCCCUCUCAUCUGUGAGCACUCAGUCGUCAUGUAUCGAUCAAUCUGGAAUGAGUUUCGGAGGACCUGUACGCAGAUCAUUGCUUUCGCAACGUGAUUCAGAACAGGUCUUUAAGACUGAUGUUGCAGACAGCGACCUUGCGAGACCGAUCCAAGACGUGAGAACUUCUCUGUACAGCAACGAUUCUCCUUAGAUGAGUUAUAUACCACUUGCAGAAGGUAGCUGGCAACAAAACGACCAUUGCGGAUGACCAUCCAUUGAUCGAAAUAGCCCAACAUGUCAUCGAUGUAGAUGGGCCUCAACAAUGUCCACAAGCUGAAAAAGCGUCUUGUUACACUGUGCAAGAUUGGCUGAGAAAAGAUGACAACACGCCAAUUCUCACGGAUGAGGGCAUGCUGUAUGUACUAUAUCUGAAGACAUUAUUAUCAACAAACUAGCUCAACGAUGCUAUCAUAAGUGCUUAUCUAAAGUUGAUUAUGAAAAGAAGUGGAGGCUCGGGUCACGCAUAUGACACUUUCUUCUUUGAACAACUACUCAUUUUAUAUGAUAGUGUGGGUCAAUGGACACGACAGACUGAUAUCUUCAGCAAAAAGAUGUUAUUGAUACCCAUGCACUCAUCGAACCAUUGGUCAUUAUGUGUGGUGAUUUUAAAAUCAAAGUGUAUCAUCUAUUAUGACAGCUUAGGUGGCACAAGUCUGCCCUAUAUGGAUAUAAUCCUCCAAUAUCUCGCUUAUGAAAUGAAUCAGACCAAACAUAAGGAGCUGUUUUUAUCAGAGUGGAGAAAAGUUAAUGCGAAAAACAUCCCUCAGCAGAAUAAUUUCAGCGACUGCGGUGUAUUCCUUUGCUCGUAUGCUGAGUGCUUAACCAGAAAUGUGUCCUUUGAUUUUACAUCAAAUGACAUACCACAGAUACGAGCCAGGAUGUUACAGGAAAUACUUACCUCGCAACUGUCAUCUCGACUAUUGCCAUUAGAUUCCAGGAAAGCAGGCAGUCAACGACGAAUACCACCAAAGCCCAUUAGUUCAUUGAAGCAGAAGAAGACAGCUGUAUCGCGAGCCAAAGUAGCGGAACCCACCAAAGAUUCGGUGACAGAUUUAAGAGAUGUUUUCCUUCACGUUGCUGCUUCUUUCCAUCAGGUUGAUCGCCGGUUUCCUCAAGGGAGAGCUAAUGCCCAAUGUACGGCAAUAUCAACAUUUUGGAUUGCAAUAAUGGCACAAUCGACAGAAUCAGUCUCGCAAAAUCUUCUGGACACAAUCCUGAUCGACGGUGACCGUUAUUACGUGGAAUGCAAAUCACGGAAUGAUGUACAAGUGGAUCAACUCCAUGUAGAAGAUCUUUGCACCCGAUUCACCGUUUUCAACAGACUUGUGAACAUUGAUCAAUAUCAUCGGUCAAUGUGGUGAGGGCAGCUUUGACGAUCCAAUGCUGGUCGAAAAACUCACCGAAACGAUCAAUCAAUGUAUUGAUAACUAUCAGCAUAACUUAACACACUGUGGAUUUUUGUUUAUUGAGCACGGCAAAACAGUUGCAUUCAGGAUUGUGAGGUUGUCCUCAGAGCCACCUCACCGCUACCAUUUUUUCAUGUUCAAUCAACAUGGCGUGGACAAGAAUAAUCGUCGCCCAAGGAUUCAAUGACAAGCUGUAGCUCGAUGCUUUCGAUACCUCAACACAGAAGCACUGAUUGGGCUGCUCUUAACGGAACACCCUCGCGAAAGUUAUUGGCAGAUUUAUGCCAUCAACGUCGGAACACCCGACUGAGACGACCCAAAAAGCUCGGUGACUCCGAUUCUGUAAAAAAGCUGAUCGACAUCAAAUCCUUACGCCACCAAACCGAUGGAGAGCGUUUCAAUACCGUCAUGAACUGCAUGAAAACCUCCAAAAGCUUCGUAACUGAUGCUCUUGAAGUCAUCAUGAAAAUGACAACAAUCACUCCGAUGGAGGCGUCGAAGGAGACUGGGAGUUUCCCGGAAAUAAGGGAAGGGGUGAGGAGGAUGGAGAAAGAUCCUGGUACAGUCGUACUGGAGAGAUUAUAGUCCUCAGAGUUACCCCCACUCUACCCAAUUCCCACUCACAUCCUCGUCUCCCACCUCUGAAAACCAAGACUAUAAUCUCUCCAGUACGACUAUAGGUAUUUGGGAGGCUCCAUGACUCGAUAACUUUAUAGAAAUCGAUUCUGAAAACUUGAUUUGCACAAGAUUUUCUCAAUGAUUUAAAAUGCGUCAAAAAUCCAAGGCUUACUCUAAUACAUCUUUUUGUUGAAGAAAACAACAGACAAACUCACUUCCCAGACUUUUUCAAAAUUGAUCAAAUAUUAUUGCGCUCAUCAAUUCUUGUAUGAUUUUUUUCACAAAUGGCUGGAGUUUGUGUCAAUAAAUCCAUUUUGAUGAAAUUUUUCUUGGCUGAAAUUUGCCCUUAAACAUUAAACCUAUGUAAAAAAUCAAUCAGUGGUGAUUUUUAUAUAUUAAUUAUUCUUUUGUGAUUUUCCUGUAAAAAAUUCUUGAACAUGAAUUUUCCUAGUUUUUCCCGUUCUAUUUUUUCUUCAUUCUCAUUACGAAACGCAAGGAGAAGAAAUGAUAAAUUUCCUGCUCAAGCAUUUUUAUAGGAAAAAUCGCAACAAAAUAACUUGUACAUUACAAUUAUUAUCUGAUUGAAUUUCUUAAAAAAACGUUUUUCUGUGUCAAUUCUUUUUUUCCAAAGUUAUUUGCUCCUCAGAAUUCUAAAAUUCACUUAAAAUCUUUCCCAGGGUAUGGAGGAUGACUUCCCAAUCCAUCUCUUCACAAUAUAUUGAAAGAAAAAAUUGUAAAAGUGUUCGACGAGAAAUCCCCCAUCAAACCUAGCCCUUCAAACCAUUCGAAACCAAAUUCAGUGGAAAAAUCGAGAGCAACUCCAGGAAAAUUAAUCGAAAAAGAGAAGAAUUGAAUCAUUGAAGUUCGAGAGACUGGAAUAAAUUUUCUGAUGAAGAUCUUUACAAUAAUUAGGCAUGCUUUGGGAAUCAGAUGAACGGUUAUAAUUCUGAUGGAGAUGAUUAUGGAGCUGCA